AAGAACAGCUGAAUAAUGAGAUGAAAUAAACAAAUAAGAAUUGUGAACAUGGCUACAGCAGCGCCAAAAGACAACCGAGUGUAUCUUUACCGUUUACUAACGCUUAACAUAGAUAACGGAACUGCAAUUGUUAGGAAUUUAAUUGACGAUAGAUGCUCAAAUACUCCACUAAAAACCCUUCUGGCUCGGGAAAGAAGUGUUAUAAACAACCUGAGGGCAAAGAGUAUUAUAACGAAGGUCCAGUUUGAUUUGCUGUAUCCGCAAAGUGGCAUUCCUACAACGGCAGACUUUGACCUUACCCUUGCUAUAUGCUUGCUAAGGAGCCUGAAACAUUUUGGGUUAAAUCCCAAGUACACCUGGAAUGUUAUCCCUCCGCCAGGAGAUAUUUCACUUGAAGCAGAUCUAUGUCGUUUGCGGAUGUAUCGCAAUGAAUUUGCGCAUAUAUCGUCCACAGAAGGAAUUCAGGAGACUGAUUUUGUGGCUAAAUGGGCAGACAUCGAAGGGGCUCUGCACAGACUGAACAGCUUAGUACAAAAUCCUGUUCAGAACCUACAACAAAUCAUUGACGAUUGCAAAAAUGGACCUCUUGAUCCUGAAGCAGAGAGAGAACUGGAAAAACAAAUAGAGAAGAUGCAAAAAAUGGAGGAAAAAUUAGAAAUUGAAGUGCGAAAUAUAAAGAAAUAUGUUUCCGACGUAACGAAAGAUGUUAACAUUGUAUCUAAAGAUGUCCACAAACUAAAUGAAGAUGUUCAAGCAACCCACAAAAGAAUGGAUGAGCUGGAAAAGCAAAAAGUAUCAGAAGAAUUACAGUUAGCAUUCAAGAAAGUAAUGAAAUUGUUUGAGUGUGCAAGUCAGAAUAUAAGGUACAACAAUCCUGAUGUGUUAAAGAUUACCGGAUGUAGCCU